GCCGAGCGGGGCGGGGAGGCCCCGCCGCCGGUUCCCCCUGUGCCCGGCGCGUGAUUGGCGGCGGCUCCGGAGCUGCCUACCGCCGGCCAUGGAGCCUCCCCUCCGGCCCCCGACCCGCUCCGCUUCCUGCUGAGGAGAACACCUGUCCGGAGCGGGGCCGCGGCCGCGCGCAACGAUUUCUUCUGGCAUGGAGUUGGGUGACUAUGAACAGCCUGUUGUUAUGAGAGAAGAAAACAAACGAAGGAGAAGAAGAAUGAAACCUCAUUGUACAUCGAGUAAUUUGUCUUCAAUGGAACUGAUAUCCAUUGAGUUCAUUUUACCUACAAGCAAUAAGCAUACUAAAGUACCGGAAAUGAUGUUACUCGAAAUAGCUGGAAACUGUACUGUUGAGCAGAUGAAAGCACAAAUUUGGAUGCGUGCGAUAGAGAUGAGUCAAACCACAGACUUCUACCAUGCGUUCACGCCGGAUCAGUUCGUACUUCAGUAUCAGAAGAAGGGGCAGUGGUAUGAAAUUUAUGAUAAACAUCAAUUAUUACAGACAUUAGACUGCAUACUGUACUGGAAAGUGUUACAGAAGAAAGUAGGCAAAAUAUAUGUAGUCCAGAAACAAAAACCAUCAGAAGAAGUUCAGGAAUUUCAGCGGCAGCUUAAUGAUUUAAUUGGUUAUGAUGUUACUGAUGUAAGCAACGUGCAUGAUGACGAACUAGAAUUUACCCGGCGCAGAUUAGUCACUCCACGAAUGAUAGAAGUAGCCUGUAGAGAUCCUAAGUUGUAUGCAAUGCACCCAUGGACUACAUCUAAGCCACUCCCAGAAUAUUUGUUCAAAAAGAUAACUAAUAAUAACAUUUUUAUAAUCAUACAUAGAGGAACGACGAGCCAAAAGAUUAAAGUGUCGAUAGAUGACACUCCAGAUAUGAUUCUCCAUAGCUUUUUCACAAAAAUGGCAAAGAAAAAGUCUUUGAUGGAUAUUCCUGAAGAUCAUAGCGAACUGGAUUUUGUUCUUAGGAUUUGUGGCAGAGAUGAGUACAUUACUGGAGACACACCCAUCAAGGAUUUUCACUGGAUAAGACAGUGCCUUAAGAAUGGGGAAGAAAUCCACCUUGUGUUAGACAACCCUCCUGACCCAAGUGAGGAUGAGGUGCAGAAGGAAGAGUGGCCAUUGGUAGAUGACUGUACAGGAGUUACAGGAUAUCACGAACAAUUGACUAUAGAUGGAAAAGAUCAUGAGAGAGUCUUCACUAUCUCUUUGUGGGAUUGUAAUAGGAAAUUCAGGGUGAAAAUAAUUGGUAUCGAUAUCCCAGUUUUACCAAGAAAUACUGAUCUUACUGUAUUUGUAGAGGCUAACAUUCAACACGGGCAACAGCUCCUUUCACAAAGGAGGACUUCCUCAAAGCCCUUUACUGAGGAGGUUCUGUGGAAUAUUUGGUUGGAGUUUGACAUCAAAAUCAAGGAUUUGCCUAAAGGAGCACUCUUGAAUCUUCAGAUAUAUUGUGGUAAAGCACAGGGAUUGUCCACAAAGACAAACCUUCAGUCACACGAAUCCCCCAACUCUGAUUCAAAAUGCAAAACUCAACUUCUGUAUUACGUGAAUCUUUUAUUGAUAGAUCACCGUUUCCUGCUACGAAGUGGGGAGUAUGUUCUCCACAUGUGGAAAAUCCCAGGCAAAGGGGAAGAGCAAGGAAGUAUCAAUGCAGACAAACUCACCUCAGCAACUAAUCCGGAUAAAGAAAACUCCAUGGCUAUCUCUAUUGUGCUGGACAAAUACUGUCACCCAAUUGCCUUGCCCAAGCACAGGAUAACAUCUGAUUCUCAGGGGGACAGGACACGAGCUGAAAUGCCCAAUCAGCUUCGCAAGCAACUUGAAGAGAUCAUAGCAACUGACCCACUUAAUCCACUUUCUCCUGAGGACAAAGAACUGUUGUGGCACUUUAGAUAUGAAAGUAUAAAGCACCCCAAGGCUUACCCUAAGCUGCUUAGCUCUGUCAAAUGGGGACAACAAGAAAUAGUGGCCAAAACAUACCAGUUGCUAGCUAAAAAGGAGGCGUGGGAUCAAAGCACUUUAGAUGUUGGACUCACAAUGCAGCUUCUGGACUGUAACUUUUCUGAUGAAAAUGUACGAGCAAUGGCAGUUCAAAAACUGGAAAGUUUAGAAGAUGAUGAUGUUCUUCAUUAUCUUUUGCAACUCGUGCAGGCUGUGAAAUUUGAGCCUUAUCAUGACAGCGCAUUAGCCAGAUUUCUACUGAAACGGGGUUUAAGAAACAAAAGAAUUGGUCACUUCUUGUUUUGGUUUUUAAGAAGUGAGAUUGCCCAAUCCAUGCACUACCAGCAGAGGUUCGCUGUGAUCCUAGAAGCCUAUCUUAGGGGCUGUGGGAAAGCAAUGCUGCAUGAUUUCAUGAAACAGGUUCAAGUCAUUGAAUUGUUGCAUAAAGUCACAAUGGAGAUAAAAUCAGUUUCUGCAGAAAAAUACGAUGUCACUUCUCAAGUUAUUGCACAGCUUAGACAAAAACUUGAAAAACUACAGGGCAGCAAACUUCCAGAAAGUUUUAGAGUCCCAUAUGACCCUGGGCUAAGAGCAGGAGCCCUAGUGAUAGAAAAAUGUAAAGUAAUGGCAUCCAAGAAGAAACCCCUCUGGCUUGAGUUUAAAUGUGCAGAUCCAACUGCUCUAUCAAAUGAAACCAUAGGCAUCAUCUUUAAACAUGGAGAUGACCUCCGUCAGGACAUGCUUAUUUUACAGAUUCUUCGCAUUAUGGAAUCCAUUUGGGAAGCAGAAUCCUUGGAUCUCUGUUUGCUACCAUAUGGCUGUAUUUCUACAGGGAACAAAAUAGGAAUGAUUGAAAUUGUGAAAGAUGCUACAACAAUUGCCAAAAUUCAGCAGAGUACAGUUGGCAACACUGGUGCAUUUAAGGAUGAAAUACUGAACCAGUGGCUCAAGGACAGAUGUGUCAUUGAGGAGAAGUUUCAGGCAGCUGUGGAAAGGUUUGUUUAUUCCUGUGCUGGCUACUGUGUGGCAACCUUUGUUCUUGGAAUAGGAGACAGACACAAUGAUAACAUUAUGAUCACAGAAACAGGUAACCUUUUUCAUAUUGAUUUUGGCCAUAUUCUUGGGAAUUAUAAAAGCUUCCUUGGAAUUAAUAAGGAAAGAGUUCCUUUUGUGCUGACUCCAGAUUUUCUGUUUGUCAUGGGGACCUCCGGAAAGAAGACAAGUCUCCAUUUCCACAAAUUUCAGGCUUCAGUCUCCUUGAUAUUCUAAAAUACCCAUGGGUUUGUCUGGCUUUAUGUCCUGUCACCUAUUGGUCCCUACAGAUGUGUCAGACACAACUGCUACUGCAGGUAUAACUACACAGCUGAUUUUCAGGCUCCCUGCAGCAGGGUACAGCAGUUAGUGCUGUGCUGGCACUGCUGCACUGUUAAAGCUGGUGACUACUUGCUUCUCUUAGCUCUUACUCCACAUUUUGCUUCCCUUUUUGCUCUUUUCACAAUAACUUAAAAAAAAAAUUAGAUGCCAGAGGCUGCUAAUGAAAUGACAGAAAUGUUUAGUAGAAAACAUCAUUUGAUAAGCAUGAUUUAAUCUGAGAAGACAAUUAUUUCUCUGUCCCAUCUGUGAAUUUUUCAGCUGCCUCAAUACUGUCCAGAUUUCUCUUGCUAUGAGUGUCAAACGUCGUGGCAUUUCCUUUCCAGCUUUGGCUGAAGCCCAUGCCACUCUUUUACUCCUAUGUAUGUUCUCCUUCAUGUAUUACAUGUAGGAACCCUUCAGAGAGCCUUAUUGUAGAUCUCCCUAGACUUUUGAGCUUUGUCCACCAAGUUAUUAUUACGUGUAGUUAGCCUAAAUUUCUCUUUACUGCUUUUGCCAUUGAAUGAAUUUUUAUUCAUUCUGUCUCAUUUAUUUCAUUUUUCAAAGUUUUUCAUUACUUUACCCUGCAGACUUGAUGUUACAGGGGUCUGUGGUUUCAGUACUGAUCUAAUCAUUUCUUCUGGUUGUGCCACUUGCUUGCAGAAUCCAAUGUAUUUGACUGUAAGACAAAGGUGAUAGAAGGAAGAAGGAUGUACACUUCAUCACUGAAAAGAGAAGGCCUGUAUAACAGAACUUGGGCACUCCAUGUUAUACAAACACUUGACCCUUAGGAAACUAAUACUUAAGGACAGAUUCAAGCUCCCAAAAUAGCCCAUUGUUGUCUCAUGGACAAGUUGGGGGUGGUUUCUCCUCAGCUCCUCUCAUUUGGCCUGUGGCUUUGAUUAGUUAACAGCUUUCUUCCUAAUCCCACAGUGUGCACAUAGCCCUGACACGCACUUGUGUCACUUUUGGUUCCCACUGCCUUUCUCAGAAGUACAGAGAUGACUUUUACUGGGAGAUGUUAAUUCCAAACUCCAUUCAGCUCCUGUCUGCAUAUAACAAGGAGGUGCAGAUGUUUUAAAUCCUUUGAAUUCUUUCGAGGACAGUGAUGCCAGUUUCUUGACUGCAUAAUUGUUUUUCUGUCUCAGACACCUUCAGCAGUGAGAUGUAUCAUCCACAAAGAAAUGCAAAACCUCCUUUGAUACGACUAUAAAGAGCAGAGCUUUCAUCUCUUUCAAGAGAAACAAAAGCCACACUAACUCUAGUGACAAGAUUUCCCUGUUUGAAGUCGAUAUACAUAAGAAUUUUUUUCUUGGUGUCAUGAAGUGAAAAUAAUCCCUGUGAAAAGUUGAUUGUGUUUUCUAUUGUAAACUGUGCUUUGGCCACUGCAAUUCAUCUUCUGCUUUGCCAGAUCUGAACUGACAUUAAAGUUCUCAUCUUAUUUCAGGACAGGAUUUAUUAGGAAAUGUAAGGGGCCCAAGAAAUAGGGGAAAAAAUGAAAAAGAAAAAAACCUUGCGGACAGAUGUUUAAAAUAUCAUCUUUCUUCCCUUGUGUUUUCCUGACCUGUCUGCUCAUUUGUCUGACAUCGCUGGUGUGAGCAGUGAUAGAUGUUAAGGUUAUUUGUGCCAUUCUUACUGUUUCUGAGGAAGAAAAAACGUACCCACUGUGUCAGAAAUAACCAGAGUUCUACAGAGCUAAUGAGAUUUGUUAGAAAGGUAUACAAAAAUAUUUGAAUUGCAUAGGACUUUUAAAAUUAAUUCAAUAAAUUUGUGGAAAGGUUAAUUUGAAUCUUUAUUUGGGUAAAAAUCAGUGUUGCUUCAGGUUAGGUUUUAAUAGCAACAACCUUCUUGGAAUUAUUUCUCGUCUCUUCCCAUUACUGCAUUGCAGGCCUAAUUUAACUUCCUCAUUUUGAUUUCUAACGUUUGAUCGCUUUUCCUUAAAAUGUUAUUUUAAAAAAUAAAUGAGUAAUGAAUUCAGUGUAAGAAAUAAUCAUUCUGAUUUAUGGAUUAGUCACUUAUCAUUAACCAUUCUUUCCAAAGGUAUUUCAUGUUUUUCUAAGCUGCAGAGAUUUAAUUCUUCUAAAAUUUAUGCUGCUAAGCACAAAUUACUUAUAUAUGGAGGUGAAAAAAAACCAAAACAGUAAUCCCUUGAAUCCAAUAGGACAGUACCUAACCGUGGCAGUCCUAAAGAAAGGCAGCACACCUGUGUUUGAAGCAGAGCUGUGAGCUGGAGAGGCGUGACAGAGCACCACGCCUGGAGAGCCAUCUCCAUUAAACAAGCUGUCAGCUCCGCAGAUUUAAAGGCAUCCACAUGAAAUGAAGAAUUGAGCCCUAGAGGUGCUGCUUUAUUCAGUCGCUUGCUAUCCCAUGGUCUUUAAAUGGAAACCAAUUGUGAAGAAAGACAAUGAAUUACUGCUGCCUUUUUAACAGUCUCAGCAAGGGAUUACAUGACAGGGAAAUUAAUUUGAAAUUCUGGUGAAGCUGAGCUUUAACAACUAAUAUCAUAUUAUUUAAAAGAGCCAUUAGUUUGUUCACCAAAGCAGGACUUGUUGCCCUGAGGUGCACCCACCAACAGCGUGGCAGUGGAUGCAGACGUGAGCGUGAUGUUUCUGCUCGGGUGCGCGGCUCUCUGGGGUCUCCUCUCCCUGACACACCGGUGACUGAACGGUGUCGGUCGGUGGCAGUAGUUCAUACCAAGUUCCCAUGAAGUUGCUAAGCCCUCCCUUUCCGUGCACCCCAUCAUUUAACAGAAAAUCCUUC